CAGGGCAGACACACGUGCACAGAAAUGGACUAGGCCUCUCCGUGUUUUGCCGGAGUGUAAUUCAUUGUGGAAGAAAACGAGAGAGAAAGAGAGAUGCAGGAGUCACAGAGUACCCUCAAUGUGGAGGGUGGAUAUGCCAAUAAUGUGCCAGCUUUCUUAACAAAACUGUGGACUCUGGUAGAAGACCGUGAAACCAACCAUCUCAUCUGCUGGAGCUCUACAGGGACGAGUUUCCAUGUGUUUGACCAGGGAAGAUUUGCCAAGGAGGUUUUGCCGAAAUAUUUUAAACACAACAACAUGGCAAGCUUUGUUCGGCAACUAAACAUGUACGGGUUUCGCAAAGUAGUCAACAUUGAGCAGAGUGGCCUAGUGAAGCCAGAAAGGGAUGACACAGAAUUCCAGCAUCUCUAUUUCUUACAAGGCCAUGAACACCUUUUGGAGCACAUCAAGAGAAAGGUGUCCAUUGUGAAAAGUGAGGAGACAAAGGUCCGCCAAGAGGACCUCAGUAAACUGCUCUAUGAGAUGCAAGUUCUUCGAAGUCAACAGGAGAGCAUGGACUGCCAGAUGCAGGAUAUGAAACAUCAAAAUGAAGUUCUCUGGAGAGAGGUGGUCUCCCUGAGACAGAAUCACACUCAUCAACAAAAAGUUAUGAACAAGCUAAUCCAGUUCCUGUUCACCCACAUUCAGUCCAACCCCCACAGCAGCGUUGGAAUGAAACGGAAAUUACCUCUGAUGCUGGAUGAUGGGUCAACUUCCCCUCCGAUUUCCAAAUUUGGCCACCUACUGUCAAUGGAAGAUCUUCAUGAAACCUACUUUAUUCAGUCACCCUCCUCAGAAAGUGCCAUGUGCUCCAACAACACAGAAAUAGCAAGUGGACCAAUCAUUUCUGAUGUUACAGACAUGUCUCAGUCAGCUUCUCUUACCCUGCCAACAGCAUCAGAAGAGUCCAGGGACAAGUGUUUGAUGUUAAUCAAACAAGAGCCAGCAAGUCCCAGCGUCCAAGCAUGUGGGAAAGCUGUGCCUCUAGGCUCCUGUGAAGUGUGUGCUGAACCGCCUGUCCUGCCAGUUUCUAUGGUGCAGUCUGUCUUGGAAGGACGAGCUUUGGGGACCUCUGGAGGGCUCUCUGAGAAAAGAGCCAAGCGUCCAGCUGUUGAGCAGCCCGAAAUGACAGAGAAUACAGAAAAUGCAGACAUGAAUUUGGAAGAUUUGCAAGUGCUUCUGCGCAGUCAUCCACAAACGCUGGAGCCUUCCUCUGUCUUGGAUCCAUUUAAUGCCAGCCUGCCUCUGAGUGAGUGGAAUUUCCCUGACAUGGAAGCCCACUUCAAAUCAGUAAGUUAGAAAAUAUAUUAGAGAUGAUAUACAAAAUCAAAUUUGCUUUAACCACAGAACAUAUGCACCAUCAUUGUUAUUUAA